GAUGUGAACAACGUUGUGAUGAUUAUAAAAUUGUUUAUUCGUGGAACCGUAGAGUUAAUUUUACUUCGGGUCGUUCUGAGUUCUACCUUCGCUUACGUUUCUCCCGAAACCGGCUUCUUCAAACUUCCCGUUGUAGUUAAUUCCAUUUUCCAAGUGGUUAAGUCGUCUCAAGUAGUUUUGGGGCUUGGGAUGGAAACAAAAAUGAUACUUUUGUGAAACGUAAACGAAUUGUGUACAGCGUUACGUGUAAAAAAAAAAGUCACGGUGACGUCAUGUGUCUUUCGGACGGUAACAUUUCAUUGUGAUUUAGUCGAGACAGAUAUAGUGUUUAUUUAUUUAUUUAAAGCCCAAGGCAUAAAUACGUAUGCCUACAUGGACAAGCUCAAUCAGAUUGGUGAUGUCUAUGACUCGCUCAUCCUCCGUGUCCUCCAUCUCUCUGCUUGAGAUUAAAUCUGAGAGCCGUCUUGUCCUUCAAGCCUUCCUCCAUCGAACUCUGUCCAUCCCGUUGGUUGAGCGGCCGGGCAGAGUAGGAGGUGCAUACAGAGAUCAGAACAAGUACAGUGGUAGUGUCAGGCCAGAACCAAAAGUAAAAGAUGGGUGGGAUUCUCAGGCCGAAGAGCAAAGCUCAGGAGAUGAGAAGAAGACUGGAUUUAAGGACUUCCUGAAGCAGCUUCCCCGGCGUAAUACUGUGCGCUCUUCUGCGCGUUCUUCUGUGAAAGACACAAAAGGAUCUUUAGAAAACGACAGCAAGCCCAGACCACCAAACCUCAGAGAGCUUUCAGAGGAAGAUGUUUUGUCCCCCUCCUCUACCUCCGAAGAUGAUGAUGGUGAAAAGAAACAGACCAAGAGACUGAACAAAAAGAAGAUUAAAAAAAAAAUAUCCAAGUUUUUCAAAAUAAAAGUAGAGAAGGAGCGAGAAAAACAGAAAGAGAAUGAGAAGGAAAAAGAGGAGAAAGAAAAGAAGGAGGGACCGAGCUCUCAACCUCAGAGGCCUUCCAUGCUGCUAUUCGACAAAACAGCUGAGCUCAUAUCAAUUGUUUCACCAAAUCAUUCUCCUGAAUUCUAUGAUGAAGUUGCGCAGAAGCUGGAAAAGAUUGCUCAAAGGUCUACUAGUACAAAGAGACAGAGUCCUACACUCCCACAAAUGCCCUCAGUUGUGGAUGACAAAGAGCUAGUGGUGCAACGGCUUGUUGAAGUGCUGUCUGCCGAAGCAGAGUCUAUCAAUAAUAAGAUCGAGGCGGACCCAUUUCUGCGCUCGAGUUUGUCUCGCAUGUCGUAUGCGUCCUUUGUCAGGCUCCUCGACACAGUCAGUAGAACUCAGGUUUCGGAUGCCCCUCUCCACCUGCCGACAGCAAGUCCAACUUUACGCCGCAUGGCCGUCUCCAUGGAGGUUUCAAGGCGGAUAGUGACAGCUACUGGUGUCCAUCGCAUCCAAGGCUAUGCAGAGUGCUACAUGGAGACGUUUGCCCCUUGGGUAAAGAGUCAAGGAGGAUGGGAGAACGUGGUCGAUAUGAAGGAUCCUGUGGAAUACGACUAAAGAACUUUUUUCCCCCCUUUAAGUUCUGUCAGCUGUGCCAUGGAGGGUCUUGAAGCCUUGCUGCGUUGUUGUGAUCUAAAUUAUUGCUGUGAAUACAUAUUUGCUUAUACGUUGGAUUAUUGCUCCAUCGAAGCAAGAUAGUUAGAAUGAGACUGAAAAUUGUUGCGGAAAUAUGACAUAUGCUCCUGCUGACAAUUUAACAUACAGAGUCGCAAGUUAAAAGUAAACAGACCAUUCGGAAUCUUGGAGUUUUCUCCUUAUGAUGGACACAAACUAUUUGCAACUAUAUAAUUUGGCCUAACACCUUAAUCAAGAGCAGAAUACUUAUGACUACCUCCAUUGAGUGUGUGGCUUUUUUUAAUGACGCUGGUUUAUUAAGAGUUUGGUUUAAGGCUGUAUUUUGUUGUGAUUUAUACAAACACUACCAUCAUUUGCAUUAUUUAAUUUUUUUGUGUUCCUUAAUGGAUGUUAGAAAAAGGCAAACCCUGGAAAUCAUGCAUCACUGUGGACCAAGGUUUUUGUCGUUUUUUAUCAUUUAGAAUUUGUCCUAUAAAUGUUAAAGAUAUGUGUAAUACGUUAUUCAAUGUGUAUAUAUAUUUCUCUUCUAGGAUACGAUUUUAUUAUUGCAUUGUUGCUUUGAAUGGUGGUAGAACUUCCUUACCAGUGCAACAAAUUCUAUCAACUACAAAUGGAGACUUUUUUUUUUAUUAAGAAGGUGUUUUUAGAGAUUUUGUAUUUAUAAUUACAAUAUUUAAAUACAGAGGGAUAAGAGAAAAAUAAGGAAAAUAAAAUGCACAUGUAUGUAUGUACAAACUGAAGAAACAACCAUCUCUAAAAAGAUGGAAGGCAAAAUAAUGGUAUUAUUGACAAGCGAACUUUUUUAUAAAUGAUGUUUUUUGCACUGAAAAAAAUGAGGCUAUGAAACUUUUUCAGUUCAUUUUAUGAAAACAAGACCUUGAUCUGUAAAAAAAAAUAACACUGCCUACUGAAAGGUAUCAUAUUUCUGUAUAAUGCUUUUUGUUGCAUUUCAGCUCAAAUAUCCAAUAUCCACGGAAGCUGAAUUCGUGCAGUCAAAUAUACGGUAAAUCACACACAUACAAAAAGAUCUAGAUAAUUAUGACACAACAUGAGGCAAGUUUGAAAAGCAUCACACAAAUAUAAGGCUUCAUCAAAUCAAACUUACAAUAGAUAAUUGUUGAACAAAGCUCUAAAAUAGAAGAAAUUAAAUUAUCCCAUUCAUAACUUUACACAUGACAAAAAAGUUUUUUGUUUUUUUUUUGGAGUAUGUUAAAAAUUAAAAUGUCCCCCAAAAAAACUUUGUUCAUAAUAAGGCUGUGACAUAAAAUAUAGAAAAGUGAAGCACACUUUAUAAUUUUCAGAUGCACUCUGUUUUACAUUUUCCACAAUCUGGGAGGUAAUACAGGUAGAUAUUUCAGGUGUUAUUCUCCCGAGACUUUUUUUGGAGUGGACAAUUGCAACGCACAUAAUAAAUAUCAGCUGGCAACAAAUGACUAUUCACCACUGUUAAUAUGUAUUGACAAUUAUUUUAAAGUAAAUAACUUAUGGGGACAUGUGGCGCAAAGCAACAGCACAAACUAUUCCUGCUUUGUUACAGAAUAUGUCAAGGUGUUCUGGCAAUUUUCCCGCCUCCUGACAAUUGUUUUACUUAUAAUAACUAUCUUGCAGAAGACUAUUGAGAAUUAUUACAGUGCAUCCAUUCAUUUUUUGGGGCGCCUGUCCUCACGGGGGUUGCGCGAGUGCUGAAGCCAAGCCCAGCUGUCAUCGAGCAGGAGGCAGGGUACACCCUGAACACGUUACCAGCCAAUUGCAGGGCACAUAGAGACAGACCAACAACCAAUCGCACUCACAAUCACACCUAGGGGCAAUUUAGAGUCUACAAUGAAUGCAUGUUUUGGGGAUGUGGGAGGAAACCCACGAAGGCAUGGGGAGAACAUGCAAAAUCCACACACAAGGGCCGGAAUUGAACCCUGGACCUCGCAACUGUGAGGCCAACGUUCUCCAGUACUACUACUGUGCCCACUACAAUACAGUGUUUAAUAUUUUAGACCACCUUUCAUAAAGCUUAACCAUUCUGAGAAAUCUGUAUUCAAGGAUUAUUUUAGUAAAACAGCAAGUCAGAAAAUUAAUGACUGAUAACAUCAGUGUGUUUUCUGCAUUUAAAGUUUAUUAAAGUGUUUCCACAAUUGAUUAAAUUGUAAACACCCCUGUUCAAAUGCCAGCUAUUUGCGGUUAAAAAAGAGACCCAAGAUUAACCAUUUCAAAACAUAUUCCUCCCUCAAUGUCACUUAUAAAUUCAAUUUAGAAUUAUGAAACAUUUUAGAGGGGGAAAGUAAAAAUAAGUGUAACUGAGCUAAUGUUGCACAUGUAAACACCCUCUUAUA